UUCAUUAAACACUGUUGAAUUAGUUACUUGGAUGUCCUGGAGAGCCAACCAUUGACUCUUCUUAGCCUAUAAAGAUCACCAUGUUCACCACGUCACACUAAUCAUCAGUGGAUGUCCAAAAGGAACUCCACCAAUCCAUCUCCCAAAUCGUCAUAUAUUUUUUUAUUGAACGUACCAGUCAUGCAAACAAUUCAACUGUGCUCUUGCUCAUAUUGCGUCAAAGUGGCCAUGAACCAAUGGCCACCACCAACCAUUACCUGUCUUAAUUUUAUAUAAACCUCCAGCUGAACAUCUCCAAGCUAUUCAUCAAUGGCUAUUACUACUAUUACUUACUCAGUUUGGCGUUCUCGCCUUGGUUCUGCUCUCCGAACAGCUUUUGCAUGCGCUCUUGUCGGCUAUGUCACUAUUUAUGGCCCUGAUGCCCUGCGCCUGCACCUGAACUUCCCGGCAUUCUCCUACGUCACGGUGAUACUCAUCAUCGGAGAAGCCACAUUGGGUGACACACUGCACAGAGUUGUGCAAGCUCUUUAUGGAAUCACACUUAGCACAUUGCUAGCAUUCCUCACUUUGUUCUUCAUCGAUGAGCAUGCAUCCAUUGGUAUAAAAUCCAUUGCCUUGGCACUUAGCUCAUUUAUAGUUGCAUUGCCGGAAUCUAUGAGCUUGAUCACGGUGCGUGUAGCACUCGGUCAGACAGUACUGGUGCAUCUAGCUUCGCACAAGCAUGGCGGCCCCGUGAACGUGGCAGUGAGUACUGCAGUCGGAGCUGCUGCCGCUGUCAUUGCAAUAAUCUUACCAUAUCCUCGUUUCGCUUACUAUGAAGUGAAGGAGAAGAGCUGGUUAUACACUGACAUUGUUUUAGAGAGGUUGAGACUUCUUGUGAGCUCUUUCUUUUCUUCUGAUAGCUCUCAAACAACUGCUAUUACACCUAUUUCAUCUUUGAGAACUGUUAGUGCUAAGCUACUGCAAAGUAUAAAGCUCAAGCAGGUAAAUGUACAGUGGGAGAGGCCACUGUCAAUGUUCCUUCACGCGGGAGAUAUAUCAAGCAAUGGUAUGGAAAGUAUUGAGAUGGCCUUAAAAGGAAUGGAGGCUGCACUAACUUCCAUGGCUUCAGUUCCAAGUGAAGUCUUGAAUCAGCAACCACUGAGAGGCAAUGUCCUUAUCCUAGGAGACCAAACAUGUCUCAUUGUCAAACAGUACAACUUCAUGACUGAAAAGGGAAUGGUGAAUAAAACACUUGAAUCCUUGCAUCAUAUCCCACUGAAUCUAGAGAAUCUUCCACUGUUCUUCUUCUUGUUCUGCAUGAAAGUACUCCAUGAUGGACUACUAAUGGACAGUGAGAAUUCAUCAAGCGAAGAAUCCCAAAAGGAAAGAAAUAACAAGUGGAUUAUGAGCAUGAUAAACAUAGAAAGAAUACUAACAGCAUUGAAGUGUUCUAUCACGUUAGGCCUUUCAGCUCUUUUUGGAGUUCUCUUCAAUAGAGAAUAUGGCUUCUGGUGUGCACUCACUGUAGCCAUAACUAUAACACCAUGGAGAGAAGCUACAUUCAAGUUAGCAAACAUUAGAAUACAAGGAGCUGCUCUGGGUUCUGUUUAUGGAGUUCUUAUAGGAUCAACCAUCAGUGAGGAUCUCAUGCAAGUUAGAUUCUUACUCCUACUUCCAUUCAUAGUCUUCACAAGCUUUCUCCAUAAAAGUAGAAUGUAUGGACAACCAGGUGCAAUUGCAGCCAUCAUCUCUGCAAUGGUGAUUCUGGGAAGAAGAAAGUAUGGUUCUCCUUCGGCUUUCGCUGUCGUUCGGCUCACCGAAAUCUUCAUCGGUCUCUUGUGCUCCACCAUUGUUGAGCUUCUCUUGCAACCAAGAAGAGCUUCAACCAUGGCAAGGAUACAACUGUCUUUAAGCCUUCAAACUCUUCAUGAUUCUAUGAAGCAGAAUAAGGAGAAGAAGCUGAGAGAGCAAGUGAAUAAGCUGAGAAAAGACAUUGCAGAGGCUGAAGGAGAGCCAAACUUUUGGUUCUUGCCAUUCCCUGUUUCUUGUUAUAAUAAACUCCAAAACUCUUUGUCUAAAAUGGUUGACCUUCUCCAUUUCCUUGUCCCUGCCAUGAAAAUCCUUGCUCAAGAGUCUCAUGAGAGCUUGGAAGCCAUUAAUGAAGAUGUAGAGAGUUUGAGAAACUUGAUUAGUGAUUCACUGAAGUGCUUUUCUGUAGAAAAACAGGAAAAUGAUCCAAGUGAUUUGGAAAUGGGAAGUGGAGUUGGUUCAUUAGAGUUUGAUAAGGUUGUUGCCAGUUUUAUUCAACAUGGAAGAGAAGCCAUGGAGAAGCUUGAUGGUGAUGUGGAUGGGGUGGUGAAGGGCCAAGUGUUUCUAAGCUUAGGUGCCAUUGGUUUUUGCUUGGAAGGGUUGCAGAGAGAGUCAAAGGAAUUGAAGAAAGGGUUGCUUGAACUUCUUCAAUUGGAGAACCCUGGCAGGCAUAAAGACUUUUCAUAAGAUUUCUACCGAACUUUUGCGCUAUAAAUAUUAAAUUCUAUGGCUAAACGUACUCUGUAACCUUUUUCUGG